AUGUGUCCAGAAGGUCAUUACUGUGACGGUAUAAUUGAUUAUGAGUCUGAGGGAAGGCCUGGACCAAGAAAGUGUCCUCAGUUUACCUACAGACCUACAUCUGGUGCAGGAAGCAAAGGAGACUGUCUUCAGUGUCCAGCUGGAACUUUCUGCAAUGCUACAGGUCUGACUGAUUUCUCCAGCUUCCCUUGCCCACCAGGUUAUUGGUGCAGUGGAACGGGCUUGCCCGUUCUCUGCCCCGCUGGCACCUUCAGAACUCAACCGGGGGCAAAUGCUUCCAGCCAGUGCCAUCUCUGCGCUGCUGGUACAUAUUGCCCUGACCCUCGCCUCACAGGUCGGCCUAACGUUAUAGGAAUUCCUUGCAGAGCUUCUUACCAGUGCCCUAUAGGGUCAGUGGUGGAGGUUUUAUGCAGGGCAGGUUCCUAUUGCAGGCCACAGACUGGAGAACCCGCUCCAUGCCCUGCAGGAUAUCAGUGCCCUGAAGGCUCACACACCUACAACACACCUCAGCAAAUGUGUAAAUAUCCAUAUUACUGCCCAGUUAACACCUCAAACAUGCUGUUGUGUGGUGGUGGCUUUAUGCCCCGUAAUGCCAGUGGCUUAAGAAUUUCUCAUGAGAGCAGCUGCAUAAUGUGUGAAGCAGGAACCUACAGGCCCAGUGGCUCUCCUCACCUCCGCUGCCUUGCAUGUCCCCCAGGCUACCACUGCCCUCCAGGCACUGAUGACUACACUAGUCAGCCAUGUCCAGUUGGAUAUGUUUGUCCAUGGGGCUCAGCCAGUCCUGUUUCAUGUCCACCAGGCAGCUAUAGUAACAGCACCAAGGCUGAGCUCAUUGAAGAAUGCCACCCUUGCCCUUCAGGCACAUUCAACCACUUGUAUGCUCAGAAAGCCUGUUUCCCAUGUGGUAGCUCUUCUAUAUCAUCACAAGGAGCAUCCUCAUGCAUGUGCAUAGGCAAAAACAGGGCAUUCCAGCACUCUGAUGGCUCCUGUGUGUGUAAAGCUGGUUAUGUCUUCUACAAUGAACUGGAUUUCAAAAGUUCCAGUGGUGACAGUGCGCUAGACUGUCAACCAGAGGUAGUUGCUUACUCAGUCACUUACCUAGAGUUUAGAGAGGAUGUGGACAGUGAACAAACGCUGUGGAACCGGACAAGUGAGACUGGCUUCAUCACAAGACUGUGUCAGACCCUCUAA